GAAUUCGUUCUUUCGUUGGCAAUAAAAACUUGUAUUUCCUACUUUCUUCAAACUAAUUCACACCGAGCGAGAAAGAGAGUCGUAGAGAAGAAGAAGACGGAGAGCGAGAGAGAUGUCUCACGGCAAUGCAUCGGGGAAUGAUCCACGACAGCCUUCGUCGGCGAAGCCCUACACUCCAUAUGCGGUGCCACCGCAGGAUCUUCCCGUCGACUACUCUGGUUUCAUCGCCGUCGUUUUUGGAAUUGCCGGCGUCAUGUUUAGGUACAAGCUUAGCUCGUGGGUUGCUAUCAUAUUCUGCGCGCAGUCGCUAGCCAACAUGAGGAACAUUGAGAACGAUCUUAAGCAGAUUUCUAUGGCGAUGAUGUUUGCUAUCAUGGGUUUGGUCUCAAACUACCUGGGUCCUGUUCGGCCAGGCACACAAAGCUAACAUGUCUCAGAUUCAUGAAGUUGGGCUUAAAGGUGACUGGGGGAGUAUGAGGAUUCUUUCAUUUGAUGGUUUGUACUGGAGCUCCUUCCCUUAGUUUGAGAUAAGGGGUGACUGUAAGUCAGAGUUGGGUAACGAAGCCGAAGGGAGUUUAAUUUGUAUCUUUAAUAUCGAAGUUGCACUAAAUUUUAUUUUUGGCUACGGUCAUUGCAUUUCUGGUUCUCAUAAAAAAAAAUUAUUAUGCUUUAAUUGAAGCCGGGUAAAGUUCUUGUAGCUAAUCUUGGUUAGUAAUAAGGGGCUCUAGAAGUAUAGAGUAGUGAUAAGUUACGUGUAAUGACUCAACUUAUUGUUCAGAAGGAUUUGAUAAGAGAGCAAAGUAGGUACCAUUUAAGAGAAUUA